ACAAACCAAAUGUCUAUUCUGUUUCAAAGUCAUCUUGCAUGUAGUCUGUAGACAUAUUUGUGACUGUAAAUAUCUGGAUUUGUUCGUGAAGACACUGGAUAAAAAGCAUGAAACACUUUAACGAUCGUAACUUGACAGUUCGCGUCAUAGAUCCAUUUUUUUAUUGAUUGAACCUUAGAAAAGUUAACCUGGCCUUUAAAUUGAUAGUUGGUGUAUUAAACUUCCUGGCUUUUUAACAUGAAUAAUUUGGAAUGUAUUAUUAGUUAUAAUCAAAAGUAAUGGUUUUUGAUUCAAUAUGGAUUUUGUUUAUUCAGGUACUUCCCGUUUUUGGUGGUUGUUACUACCACUACCAAUACGAAUACCAUGAAUGUAAUACUGAUGUCGGAACUAUCAUUGGUGCAAUUAUUGGUGCUUUGUUUGGAGUAGCUGUUAUAGGGGCUAUUAUCACCACAAUAUGUUGUUGUGUCAAAACCAGUGGUGUUCGUGGUCACGUGAUACAACCAGACACUUUAUCAAAACUAAAUCAACAUCAACACCAACAAACGCUACAACAGCAACAACUACCUUCAAAACAAAAGAAAAGGAAUAAUAAAAAACGUUCACGCCAUAAAAAAGGUUCCAAGAGUCAGCAUCCACUACCACAGCCACAACAGAUUGCAGCAUAUUCUCCUCCGCCAAUAUAUGAACCCGGCCACCUUCCACCUCUACUGGAACAAAGUACAUCAUAUUCUUCAAUACCAUCACAGGAACCCGGUCAUCGGACACCUAUAACAAAUCAUAGUACGUCAUAUUCUCCAACAUUGUUACAGGAGCCUAGUCAUCAGACACCUAUACCCAACCAUAAUAAGUCAUAUUCUCCAACACCAUUGCAGGAAACCAGUCAUCAGACACCUAUACCACAAGAUAGUGCGACACUUUCUCCAACACCAACAUACGAACCCAAUCACCAGACACCUAUACCACACUACAAUACGUCCUAUUCUCCAACACUACUACAGGAACCCAGUCAUCAGACAUCUCUACCACAAGAGAGUGCGGCAUUUUCUCCAACACCAACAAACGAACUCAGUCAUCGGACACUUCCGCCACAACAAAGUUCGGCAUAUUUUUUACUACAAACACAGAAACCUGACAAUCAGUCAACUCCAUCACAACAGAGUGAGGCAUAUUCUUCAGCACCUACUCACGAAACAGGCCAUCUGUCACCCCUACAACACACGAGUGAGGUCAAUUAUCCACCUCCUAUACAGGAGAGCUACAAUCCUCCGUCUCCAUCAUAACUGAGUUUGUGAAUUCUUCACCACCUAUACAUGAACCCGAACAUCGGCCAUUAAUACCUCUAGCAUAUCGUGGGUGACAUAAAAUGCGACAAAUCAAAAUUUCUUAUAAAAUAAAACAGUUGACAUGAGUGUAAGAAUUUAAACGAUAAUGAAGAAACAUUCAAAUAUCUACAUCAGAGUACUAAAAAAGAAAAUGUAACAUGCUAUAGGCUGUUACUGCCUGUGCACAGCCAUUCCGGCAUAAACUGUAUGAUGUGACAUGCUAGGUUCAUUCUAUCUAGUCUUAUUGAAAAAACUUUAGAAAUUUAUCCUUGUAAGAAUAAGUACUAGUAGUAGAAAAAUAAGUUUGCCUCACAUAUUUCGUUUGGUAGUUUCAGGAGCCAGGACAUUUGAUAAUCAACGACUCAAUAAUGAGAACUAUUCGAUAAAAAAGUAAUUAAAAAUAAGGAAGAAAUCUUUAAAAAAUAUUCUGAUGCUGCGUGUAAAGCAGUCAACAUUCAAUCAAUAAUAUUUUGGUUCAUAUUCGAUUAAACGUUAACAAAAAUAAAACUAUUAAUUUUUACUCAUGGAAUAGCACAAAAAAAAAGAUUUAAAAAAAACCCAUAUAUAUUUGAAAAUAUUUACACGUGUUUUUUCAAUACACAGAUUCUCUCGAUAUAUAUCUUAAAACUGGUAUCUGUGAGUGAGGAUUUUUCUUCUUUUCUAAAGUCAAUUUUCAACAUAAACUAGAUUUAGAGACAGAGAAUGAAUUAUUAUAUUUAUUUCUAGUGAUAAAUAUUGUAGUUCAUGGACAAAGGUAAUUUGUUUUCUAUCAUCCCUAAUCGUCGGCGAAAAGGCAUCUUCAUAAAGUGGUCGUUAUUGUUUAUUGAACGAUGCAAUUCAACUCGGAUACCAUCUUUUACUUUGUGAGAAUGAGACGCAAAACAAUCAAAGAAAACAAAACGGUAUUUGAUACUGAAAUGUAUACCGUGUAACUUAAUUAUAAUAAUAGGGUUCAAAUUUAAUUUACAAUCAGGGUUUGUUAUUGUUUUCAUAUGUAAUUUAUUUUUAUUAAAAUGGUUAUCGGUUUAUAA